GGGGCCUAUCCCGGAAAUAGGGCUGAGUGGGGGCGGGUAAGGGCGGGGAGGCUGGGGUGUGGAAAGUGUGGCGGCCCCGCCCCGUCUCUUGGAAUUGCCGCGGCCGCGACCGCCGCCGCCGGCGCCGCUGCUGUAGGGGACCAGCGCGGGUGCGCAGACGAAAGGCGCUCUUUGCCAGCUGAAAGUUCCCACGGAAAAACUACCAUCUCCCCGGCCCACCAUGGCAGACGAAAUUGAUUUCACUACUGGAGAUGCCGGGGCUUCCAGCACUUACCCUAUGCAGUGCUCGGCCUUGCGCAAAAACGGCUUCGUGGUGCUCAAAGGACGACCAUGCAAAAUAGUGGAGAUGUCAACUUCCAAAACUGGAAAGCAUGGUCAUGCCAAGGUUCACCUUGUUGGAAUUGAUAUUUUCACGGGCAAAAAAUAUGAAGAUAUUUGUCCUUCUACUCACAACAUGGAUGUUCCAAAUAUUAAGAGAAAUGAUUAUCAACUGAUAUGCAUUCAAGAUGGUUACCUUUCCCUGCUGACAGAAACUGGUGAAGUUCGUGAGGAUCUUAAACUGCCAGAAGGUGAACUAGGCAAAGAAAUAGAGGGAAAAUACAAUGCAGGUGAAGAUGUACAGGUGUCUGUCAUGUGUGCAAUGAGUGAAGAAUAUGCUGUAGCCAUAAAACCCUGCAAAUAAAUGGAAACAUCAGGCAUGAACACUGUUUAGGUCUGAAUCAACUGCAGAUCUAAUUUGGUUCUAAGUUGUCACCAAAGCUAUAGCCUUCAUAAGCAACCUCAUUUCUUUUUUUAAUUGUUUUCAGAUUGUGCUGGGUUAGUUUUGCAAGCAAUUGAUAAUUUUUAAAAAAUUAUCAAUAUGUAUUUUUUUUUUAAUUUUGUAGGUAUGUUUCCUAUAAUAUUCCUGUGGUUUUCAGUAUGUCAGUCCAAGAAACAAACAAGAUAGCUUCAGCAGAUGUGAUUUGUCUGAGCAAAUCAUUCCUGUGUUUUAGUUAAAUGAUAAACCAGGGUUUUAAAUCAAACAAUGUAGCAUAAAGUGGUAUUGAAGUACCACAUUUAAGUUGAACUGCUCUGCAUUAAUUACAGAUUUAAUAUAAAAUGAACUGAUUAUAUAUUGGAAUGGUUGCACUUUCAGCCUGUGUAGGGCAAACACAAAUCCUUAAACAAAAAUCAUGUUAUCAAAAACUGUCAGUUAUUUUGGUGGCCACAUGCAACCAUGUGAUUACUUUGGUCAUACUAUUUACCAAAUUGUUGGCAAACUUGAUGUAACCUUAUAUGGUGGUUUUAGUCCCUUCUUAUGGUUGGCAGAAGGGCACUGAACUGUUGGGUGAAAGUUAGCAAGUAAGAUUAUAAGGAAGACACAAAAGACAGUGGCAAAGAGGGUUGAUUAAAUCUGUAAGUUUUUAUGUGAGGACUUUGUAAGUCAGCAUAAAAAUGAAAAGUUGUUUCUCAGUUGUUUUUGCUUUUAACUUUGCCCCCAACGUUUAAAGGGAGUGAACUGCUUUACAGGAUACUAUGCAAUGCUUGUUUUCCAACUAUGUUGAAUAAAUAUUAAUAUUUAUCAGUAAAUACUCCUUUCCAGCUUUUUCUUUUUUUUUUUUUUUGAGACUGAGUCUCACUCCAUCAGCCAGGCUGGAGUGCAGUGGUGCAGUCUCGGCUCACUGCAACCUCUGCCUCCCGGGUUCAAGCAAUUCUCCUGCCUCAGCCUCCCAAGUAGCUGGGACUACAGGUGCACGCCACCACGCCCAGCUAAUUUUUUUUGUAUUUUUUAGUAGAGAUGGGGUUUCACCAUGUUGUCUAGGCUUGUCUUGAACUCCUGACCUCAGGUGAUCCACCUGCCUCAGCCUCCCAAAGUGCUGGGAUUACAGGCAUGAGCCACCACACCUGGCCCCUUUCCAACCAUUUCUAAGUAGAUUUUUUGACAUUAAUGUAUUUAUUAAACAAAAACUGAGAAUUCCUUAAAUUGAUUUGGAAUUUUUGUUAAUUUUAUGUCCUUUUUUUCCUAAAGUGAAUUAAAGUGAAUCAUGGAAGCAGCAUUACUUUAUAUGAAUAUUAUUAUUUAAGUUAUUUUAAGUAUAUGCAUUUUUUCUAAUUGUUGUGUGACUUAAUUCAGUUGCUGGUGUGAAAUAUAACUAGCAAAUAAUUCUAUAAACUGAAUUAUUUUAAAAGGUAUUUUAGGUGACACCACUGCAUUUCUAUUUCAUCUUUUGAGUCAUAUGUAUAUUAUUUCCAGAAUUUUAGACAUUAUUACAGGGUUUGUGAGGACCUUUGACUCAGUAACAAUCAUCAUAUUGGAGCAAAACAUAGAACAAAAUCACUAUCUCAGAAAUACCUUAAUUCUCUAAGACUGGCUCUUUGACCUCUCCCAUCAUGCCUUGACCUCUAAAAAGCCCUUUGUUCCUAUCUUCUAAAGGAAGGUAUAUUAUAUAUGAUGAUGUAACUGAUCUAAUCAGUGACUGGAAAUAGCAUUAGUAACAGAAGAUCCGAAGUUUUAGUUGCUUAAUUUGUACACACUUUUAAAUGUUGUCUUAGCCUCGGCAAACCGAUUUGGGGAAGAAGCAAGAUACUUUAAGAGAAAUACAGAGGAAAUUUCUAAAGCACAAGGAAUAGUGAGGUAGUAGUUAGUCGUUUUUCCUAUAACAUUUUAGCUUUUGCCCAUCUAAAGCACAAUUAAAAUUAGGCUACAUUCUUUCCAGUAUUCUAUUUAAGUACCUACUACAUACUGCUCUAGUUUCUUAGUACUCUGUAAUGUGUAUCUUAAUUGCUACUGGUUGGCAUUGUAACUCAUAGGAAUUCCAGAAAAUUAUUAAUCUGUGCUGCUUGCAGGUCAUUCAUAUGGCCCCUCUUAACCAUGCUGGUGUUAUGAUUCAGUAUUAACUCUCAAUUAGCAUGCCCCUGUUCUUCCUAACUUGUAAAAUUUCACAUAAAUAUAUUUUCAAUUGUGUACAAAUUAAGGGUGUACAAAUUAUAAUAAUGCAUCUCUAUCUUCAUACUUUGAAUGGCAAACGCUAUUUAUGCAUAAAUAUUUUCAUUUUAAGUAAUAUAUGAAGUGUAAAUACUCGAUAUAUAAGUAUAGAUUUUAAAGAUAUGGGACUUUAUUUUCACAUAAGUCAAUAGAUGUUUCUCUAGAACAAAAUAUUUAGUAAAGCUUUAUAAAUUAUAUUAAAAGGAAGCAGGGAACAUGUAUUUUUUAACAUAGAACAGAUGUGACUUCAUUCUUUUUAGACAUCAGAAAUGUUAAAGUUGAUUCCCAAUAUUUGUUGUACUUUUUUGUAGCAAAUGUUAAAAAUCACGAGUUACCAUGUAUAGAAUGUGGACUGUCAUGUUGAUAUCAUUGUACAGUGAUAAGCCAUUUUUAUCUGUAUACAUUUCACCAAUUUAUUAACAAGUUGAAUGUUUCUUUUUAGAAUAUUUUAUUUAUACUGUGAAGACUUUGUUAUACCUUAUUUGCUGCAACAUAGAUCAUAUCAUUGCUACUUUGACUUAGCAUUUGCAUCAUAAACAUAAUUAUGAUGUUUUUUUCAUGCUCCCUUCCAGGGGCUCAGUCACUUGAAGAAACUGUUGCUAACCAAGCUCUUGACUCUGUUUCCCUUAAUGAUACAAGUCUCUGUACCAGCGCUUUAUGUUAAUUACCAAAACUCUCCUGCAUCAGAGCAUGAUAUCUAUAAUAGGAGAUACUGCAAUAAAAUGAUUAGGCUGUAAAA